AUGCCACCACCAACUCAAUCAACUCAGUCUCCUAGUCAACAAUUACCAACACGUGAAAAUAGUCAAUUUAAAAAACUUGUCCGUUUUUACGAACAAAAACAAUACAAAAAAGGUUUGACAGCUGCUAGAGAGAUAUUAAAAAAAUUUCCCAAUCAUGGCGAAACGUUGGCUAUGAAAGGCUUAAUCCUUAAUUCUAUGGGUAGAAAAGAAGAAGCUUUAGAAAAUAUUCGUAAUGGAAUCAAAAAUAGUAUUACGAGUCAUGUGGUAUGGCAUGUUUAUGGUCUAUGGCAAAGAUCCGAACGUAAAUAUGACGAAGCUAUAAAAGCUUAUAAAAGAGCAUUACAAUGUGAAAAAGAUAGUUUAACCAUUCUUCGUGAUUUAUCAUUAUUACAAAUUCAAAUGCGUGAUCUUGAUGGUUACAAAGAAACACGUCAUCAAUUAUUUAAUUUAAAACCUGGUCAACGUCAAUCAUGGGUUGGAUUUGCAAUGUCUUAUCAUUUAUUAGGUGAUUAUGAUAUGGCACAAAGUGUACUCGAAGAAUUUCGUAAAACUCAACAAGAUCGUCCAGCACCUUCACCAGAUAAACCAUAUGAUAACGAACAUUCAGAAUAUUUAUUAUAUCAAAAUCUUGUUUUACGUGAAAGUGGACAAUAUGAAGAUGCUUUACGCCAUAUACAAGUGCAUGAAAAAGAUAUAUAUAAUAAAUUAGCUUUAGCAGAAAUAAAAUAUGAUUUAUAUAUGCGUUUGGGUACAAAUGAUCGAGCUGAAACAAUUUUACGGGAUUUAAUUGAACGUAAUGCUGAAAAUAAAAAAUACUAUUAUAUGUUAGAAGAAUGUUUACAUUUCACGGAUAUUGAUGAUAAAACAAAACUUUAUGAAAAUCUUAUUGAAAAAUAUCCUAAAGCUGAUGCACCCAAACAAAUAAGUUUACAAUUUCUAACCGGUGAACCAUUUGCGAAAUCCGUUGGAUCAUAUUUACAGAGAGGACUUCAAAAAGGUGUACCAUCACUGUUUCAAUCUGUUAAGUUUUUAUAUGCAACAUCAGAAAAAGUUCAUAUAAUUGAUACACUUCUGCGCACUUAUUUAAAUAAUCUAACUAAAUAUGGAACAUUUGAAACUUCAUCAGGUAUUGAAAAUUCAACAAAAGAAAUCGAACCACCCACAAGUCUUCUUUGGCUUCAGUAUUAUCUUGCUCAACAUUAUGAUUAUUUGGGUGAUAUAAAUAAAGCAUUUGAAUACAUUAAUCAAGCUCUAUGUGAUACACCAACACUUGUAGAACUUUAUAUGUUUAAAGCAAAAAUAUUCAAGCAUGCUGGUGAUUUUCAAACGGCUGCUUCAUGGAUGGAUGAAGCUCAAGCACUUGAUACAGCUGAUCGAUUUGUGAAUUGUAAAUGUACAAAAUAUUUAUUACGUGCUAAUCAAAUAAAUAAUGCACUUGAAAUAGCCGGAAAAUUUACACGAGAAAAUUCUUCACCAGCCGAUUAUCUUCGUGAAAUGCAAUGUAUGUGGUUUGAAAUAGAAAUGGCUCGAGCUUAUCGUCGUUUAAAAAAAUAUGGUGAAGCUCUAAAAAAAUGUCAUGAAAUCGAUCGACAUUUUCAAGAGUUUAUUGAAGAUCAAUUUGAUUUUCAUUCAUAUUGUCUUCGUAAAAUGGUGCUAUGUGCUUAUGUUGACAUGCUCAACCUCGAAGAUCAUAUGAAAGGUCAUCGAUUUUUUCGUCAGGCAGCCGAAAUUGCUGUUGAAAUAUAUAUUCGUCUAUAUGAUCAUCCUCUGUCUGAACAAGAUAAUGAUACAAAUGACAAUCUUGCUAAUAUGUCAGCUGGUGAAGCUAAAAAAUUAAAAAAUAAAUUACGUAAACAACAAUUACGUGAACAACAAGAAAAACAAAAACAAAUUGAAGCUGAACGACGUAAAAAAGAAUUUCAACGUAGUCGAAAUAAAGAUGAUGGUGAAGAAGAAAAAGUUAAAGAAGAAGAAAUUGUCGCUGAAAAACUUGAACAUUGUGAAAAACCAUUAGAAGAAGCUAUGAGAUUUCUGCAACCACUUGAAGAUUUUUCUGGUAAUUUUAUUCAAACACAUUAUUUAGGUUUUGAAGUUUAUUAUCGACGAAGAAAAUAUUUAUUAAUGUUGCGUUGUUUAAAACGAAUGAAAAAAUUAGAUGCAAACAAUGCUAAACUUCAUUCAUGCCUAAUGAAAUUUUUAAAACUAGUUGAAAGCGAAUCUAUAGCUGAUGAACGAUUACGAACAUUAAUUGAUGAAGAAUUAAAAACACUUGGUAUUAAACAAGGAGAUUCAAUAAAGAACAUUGAAGAACUCAAUGAAAAUUUCAUUAAAAAUCAUUCAAAUUCAUUAUCACAUCGUGCUGAAGCUGUCAAAGUCAUGCUUCUUAUUAAUCCAAAGAACAAUCUCAAAGCUAUUGAAUUUCUUACAACAUUAAAUUCAAAUUUUAUCGAUCAAAAUUUAAAAGUAUGUUCAAGUAUUUAUGAAAAUAUGCAAUCAGGUGAUUAUGGUUCAAUUGAAUUUUCAAUACUUGAAAAAUAUCGUCUUGAAUGUCAUCGUCUUUGGCCACAAGCAAAUCUAUUUCAAAUAAAUCCAUCCUCGACUUUUAAUCAAUCUCAAUCAUCAGCACCACCAUCAUAUUCAUCAAUUUCAAGUCCACCACCUCCGUAUUCAUCGUGUGAUAGUCAAACAAAUGGUGGGGAAGUUGUAUCAAUCAAUCAGAAUUAG